UUGCUCGGAAAAUUGCACUCUGUGAAAAGAUUUGAGAAGCGCCCUCUAACGAAAAGUUGGUGUGGUAGUCCAGCUUUGAUUCGUUUAGCUUCAGGAAGUCAGAUACUACAAACGCACGUUCGCGGUGCUCCCGCCCAAGGGAAAUUUUUUUCCUACACCGGCACCUGUUAGUUUGACAGCGCAUCAACAACAGGCACUUCUCCUUUGAACAACGCUACCUACUGGGAAGCGGAAGAAGAUCCCGACUGGGAUAACUGCGUCAUGGUAGUGGCCACACAAAAGGGUCGUCGCUGUCCUCUCUCGUCUGCCUGCAGUGAUGACUCCCUCGCCCGUUCUUUGCAUAAGGAGGUGGAUUACCCGACGGUCAACGUCAGUCGCCGAUCCCCAACCGAAAACGAUAGCAUCAGAGUGCCCCUCGCCCCGGACAGCAGAUACCCGACCCCCUCAACCGGGACUGCGCAAAGGAAGAGGCAAAAUACCCUGCUGGACACAGGAUGGCAUGCAUGCUUCAAGAAUAAUAACUACGUCUUUGUGAGGAAUGGCGGAGAAACACAUCACAACGGUGAUAAGGAGUUUGGAGACAAAUGGAAAGAAAACAACGAUUCAGAUGUCACAUUCAUUAUUUCAACUUCAAAUCCCAUACGAGAAGGACAAGAGGAGAAACUUGUUGUGUCACUGCAAGAUCCUAAAGCCAAAAUUAGGCGCGUUGCUCCGCAACCACCUCCGGAUCCACAACCAACGAUCACGCCUUCAAACUGCACGAAAAAGACUCCUCAACCCAAACAAACAAAUAGCAGUGGAACACGGAACAAAAGGUCAGAUAAAAAGAAGACAUCAAAUUGGUUCAAGAGAUUGACAACACCUGGCAGAAACAGACUACUGAAAGUUGAAGCCACUGCUGAAGAGACGACACCUAUCUAUGAAUCUGCUUCUGAUUCAUCACCAGAAUCCUUGGAAACUUUCGCCGCACUUCCUCAUACAGUAGGCCUUCCUCCUCCGCCUUCUCAAGCAAAAGAAGUGAUUGCUCCUGUUUUUUCUCAAAUGAAAGAAUCGAAGAAAGGAGUUGCCCCUUCUCCACCCCUAAAUGAAACCCCUGUUAUAGAUUUCUGCUGCAAUAUGACUGACAGUGGUCCACACACAAGUACGCCUAAAGAAGGUUUUGAUGUUGAAAGGAUCUACAAAAGUUUGCCUAGAAGUGGACAAACUCCUCAUAGACUUCUUGAUAUUAGGCAUUCCGUACGCAGACGAUUGCCUUAUGAAGAUAUGAGUCCAGAAACAAACGUCGAAAAUCCUUUGCAGUCAUUAAUCCUUCCCGUCAUUCUGAGUCCACCACAGAGUUCAAAUAAUCCAUUUAGUGGGCAAUCUACAGACGUUCAGAAUUGCUUAGCAUUGGAUAUUAAUUCAUUGCAGAAAAGAGCCAGCUGUCACAAACGAAUAGUAGAGAGCCCAAAAUUUGAAAAUCGUCUUCAUCCUGGAGCUUCAAAUACCGAUAUUCCAUAUGCUGAUUCGGAAGACGAAGUUUCAUUUGAUGAAAGGCCUAGACCAAAAUUAUGCAAAGUAAGUACUAUUCAAUCUUCGAAGCCUGACGAAAAAUCAGUCACCCAGACCCUAUUUUCAUUACACAAUAACCGCGACGAAAAACCUGGAAGCCUUCCAGAGAUGAGGUCUCAGACUGACAUGCCAGUGACUUCUGAAACGAAGACCUUAUCUGCUAGUGAACCAACCUUGAAAAUCAAGCGAACAGCAUCUUGCUAUCUAAAAGAAGUAUGGAGUCCACUGGAAGAAGAAGAGAAUACAUCUUUAAAACUACAGUCUAAGCAUAUUAGUUCUUCAGAAAUAAAACCCUCAGUUGCUUCAUUGAUGACAUCUGAAACCAAAACGACGCCAUCCAGCAAACCAGCAGUGAAAAUCAAAAGAUCAAUUUCUUGUUAUCAAAGAGAGAAGGUAUAUAGUCCAAUGGAGGAAGAAGAAAAUAAGUCUUUGGAACUUCAUGCAAGGAGAAUGUUUUCUCCAGAUGAUUCCACCGUUACGUUUUCUCCUUAUUCUACUCCAAAACGUCCUACGAAAGAAAAUCCGGUGUCUUGUUGGCUGAAAGAAAUCCGGUUAUUGACGGAAAGCGAGUGCCUCAACGCUCUGCAAGCUAAAGAAUUAAACAAAGAAGACUGGAUAUCUAAUGCCUUAGCAGUUGGAAAUGCACAAGAGUCUGCCGAAAGAAUAUGGGAAGCAGGAAGUGCAGUAAAGAAACACAUAGAAGAGAUGCUGGAAUCGCUGAAAAUGACGAAACUGUCCGUCACACCUUUCUCUUUGAAAGUUGCCCAGUUUUGUUCUUCAGUGGUGGAACUGCUGAAAAUGACAGCCAAUACAAAACAAAUUUCUCAGGUUGAAGCAAGAAUCAAAACAACUUGCGCAGAACUUUUGGAAACAGUCAGCAAAGGAGAAAAAGGGCAAGAGUGGAAAUCGAAAAUGGAAACUGAAUUGGAAGUACUUCAGCAGUCUGUUCAGACUAUACUGCAGCAGCUUCUUCUUAGACAUCUACAGGUAAUCGUGGAUUGCGUUGAAAAGUCUACAAAUAUGAACAGUCUGAAACGGUCUGUCUUUGCUCUCAUACUGCUUGGAAGGUUAAAUCCUGUCUUUUGCGAACUCAUGGCAAAGCUUGGAGCUGUCCGAUGCUUGCUGAUUAUUUGUGUGGAGACCAAAUGGAAAGAAAUGCAUCCGUGUGCCUUGAGAGCUCUCACUGUGCUGAGUUGUGUGCCUGCCUCUAUAAGGAAUUUUGAAGAGAGUGGAGGCGUGGACUGUGUGUGUGAUGUCUUAUGCGACGAGAAGUCUGCGGAAGGGGCUCGGAGUGAAGCUGCAGGCCUCGUGGCGCAGAUCACGGCUCCUUGGACAGAUGGAAGUAGUUACGUUCUUCGCAGCAUCACCCAAAAUGCCGACAAGCUUGUCAAGUCCAUCGCAAAUCUAGCUUCAAAGACAGAAAGCAGUGAAGUGUUUCUACUAUCCUCUGCAGCACUGGCUAAUCUUUCAUUUUCCGAAGAAGUCCUCAAAAGGAUGAAGGAAAACAAGGUGCUGGAAAUUUUAGUGAAUGCCUGCAGAAACAGUCCACACGCAGCUUCUCUUUUCAUUAAAGACCAAGUGGCAACAGUGCUGGCAAAUAUGGCAGCGAAAGAAGAAUAUCGAGAUUCUCUCUCGUCCGGAGGAAGUCUGGUGUUACUGCUGUGUUUCCUGCAGCUGCGGCCCUCAGUGGGCCACGGGGCCCCGCAGCUGGCGGCCUGCGAGAGAAUUCAGCAGAAGGCCGCUAUCGCUCUCGCUAGGCUAUGCUCCAAUCCAAACACAUCGAACAUCGUCGCGGAGAUGCAAGGUAUUCAGCGACUGGUGAAAUUGUGCAAAGACAGAAAAGAACGUAAUGACAGUGAUUCAGUACUUGUUGCUUGUCUGGCAGCAUUACGGAAGAUAGCAGUAGUACGACAAAAAGAAGAAUUUAUGAAAUUAGGAGCUCAAGAACUCGUGGAACCUCGUUUGUGGGAUGCUUUUCUGGCUCAUUCAUCUAAGAGAGAGAGUUAUGUUUAAAAUAUAAUGCCAGAAAUUUUUUUAUGGUUGUUCACUGCAAGAUACUGCUGUUCUCUCAUAUUUUUGUUAGCAUUUCUUAAAACAUUACCUUCUUAUACUGGCUGAACCAAUGCAGUAAAUCUAUCAAGAAAUAAUAUGUAAGUAUGAAAAGCAAAAGGAAAUAUUUUUAUAUUUUAUCAAUGGUAGAAAGAGUGUAAAAAUAUAUAUAGUAUAAUGCUGUAGCCAGCACGACUAUGUUACCUAAGCUCUGCUUAUGUAAUUUUAGUCGGCAAACUAUUUGAAAGAUGCAUCUAGUCAAAUUCUCACUUCUCAAAGUUUUUCCAGGAUCAUAACAUUAGAUAUGUGUCUUGAAAUCAUGCUAGCAGUUAAAGGGUGAAUGCUGACUGUUGUAGUAUCAAGAAAAAAGCAAUAAUUUAAUAAAUUUGCAAAACAAAUUUUAAAAGGUCUCCGAAUGAUAAUCUGUUUUCAAAGUUUUUGAGAAGCUGGGAAGAUGUAAUAAAUCUUAUAUUCACAGACUACUGUAUAAAAUGUUUUUGAUGAAAAAUGUAUGCAAGAAAUUUCAAUAAAAGAAGUAAAAAAAAAAAAAAAAAAAA